UUCAUUCUUUUUAUAAUAAAAUUUCGGCUGGUAUGUUCUCUUUCUCUUUGGCAGAGUGGUCUGUGUCCCUAUCCCUUCCUUCUCUCUCUUUCUCUGUGUAAGCAGUGCCUUUCGAGUUCAGUAACAAUACUGAUAGAUUGAGGAUUCUUCAAACUUAAGGUUUAAUCGGAGCUCUUGAGUUAAAGUUCAUAAUUGCUAUGAGCUUAACGGAAAUGGGUCGGUCUUAGAUCUUUAAAAGAUUCUCAAGAAAAAUUGAAGACCCCCUUCAUGAAAGCAUCCGCGGGUAUCUAGACAUGUUAGAAGCCAAUCAGAAAGCAUAGUGAGAAAAAGCCGACAUUUUCAAUUCAAUGCAAGCAUCACGAAGUCAAAACAGAUCGAGGAUGUCCAACACCUUGCAAUAUCAGCCCGUACAAAAGUUGGGGGCAUGUUUUCCGCCGUUUCAACAUUUUGGCGAAGACUUAAGCUACAAUAACCGUAGCAAUGUUGGAAACAGUUGCUCGAUUCAGAUCUCUAAUGACCAAUAUUGCACGCUAGAGUCAUCCCCAAUGAGUGUUAAUUACACUGUCUAUAACUCGCCAUCUAAUGUCAUUUUCUCACCUGGCAGGAGUCCUGUGUCCCAGAAAGAUUCUCAGUCGUGCCCAACCGAGCCAUGUCUAUCUCCGGAUACUAACUAUGGCUCCUCUAUAAGUGAAUCUUGCAUAACUGAGGAUGCGAAUGACUUCAGGCACAAACUAAAAGAACUCGAGACUGUAAUGUUGGGACCUGAUCUUGACAUCCUCGCAAUUUACAAUAAUAGCUUACCAAGCAAUAUUAUAUCGACACCAGAUAUAGACAAUUGGAGACAAAUGAUGGAGGCCAUUCCCAGAGGGGACUUGAAGAAGGUACUAAUUGCUUGUGCAAAAGCAGUGUCGAAUAAUGAUUUGUUGAUGGCACAAUGGCUAAUAUCCGAGUUGCGUCAACUAGUGUCUGUUUCUGGUGAACCGAUACAGCGUUUGGGAGCUUACAUGUUGGAGGGGCUUGUUGCUAGGCUGGCUUCUUCGGGGAGUUCCAUUUAUAAAUCUCUAAGAUGCAAAGAACCUGCGAGUUUUGAGCUACUAUCUUAUAUGCAGAUUCUCUAUGAGGCCUGCCCGUACUUCAAGUUUGGAUAUAUGUCUGCAAAUGGUGCCAUUGCCGAAGCUAUGAAGGAUGAAAGUAAAGUGCACAUAAUUGAUUUCCAGAUUGGACAAGGAAGCCAAUGGAUAUCUCUAAUCCAAGCUUUUGCAGCUCGUCCUGGAGGGCCACCUCAAAUUCGGAUUACUGGUAUCGAUGAUUCCUCAUCAGCUUAUGCACGUGGAGGAGGACCGAAUAUUGUGGGACGGAAGCUAUCUAAGCUCGCUAAAACUUUCAAAGUGCCUUUCGAAUUCCAUUUUGCAAACAUGUCCGGAUGUGAUGCUCAGCUUGAAAAUCUUGGAAUUCAACCUGGUGAGGCAUUGGCUGUUAAUUUUGCGUUCAUGUUGCAUCACAUGCCGGAUGAAAGUGUCAGUACCGAAAAUCAUCGAGACAUGCUAUUGAGGUUGGUCAAAAGCCUAAAUCCCAAAGUUGUGACAUUAGUUGAACAGGAAUCCAAUACAAAUACUGCUGCAUUUUUUCCUAGGUUCCUAGAAGCAUUGGACUAUUAUACGGCCAUGUUUGAAUCAAUUGAUGCAACUCUCCCCAGGGAACGCAAGGAGCGAAUCAACGUCGAGCAACAUUGUUUAGCAAGGGAUGUCGUUAACAUUAUAGCAUGUGAGGGAAUGGAGAGAGUGGAACGGCAUGAGCUUCUUGGGAAAUGGAAGUCGCGGUUCAAAAUGGCUGGUUUUAGUCCGUACCCCUUGAGUUCUUUGGUAAAUGCUACAAUCAAGACGUUGCUCAAAAACUACUGCACUAAAUAUAGGCUUGUAGAAAGAGAUGGAGCUCUAUAUCUUGGUUGGUUGAAUAGAGAUUUGGUUGCUUCUUGUGCGUGGAAGUAAAAUUCGUGCAGUGAUCAUCCAUGGAAUGAGGUUACAAGCAAAAUCAGAUUUGUAUUUUCUGUUUUCCCCUUGUUUACUGGAAUACAAGUGUACAAGAUGUAGAGCCUAUGUUGAAGAAAGCUCAAUGUUUGAACAAAAUGCAGUGCUCUACCUUUGAUGUAA